AUGCCUCCUACGAAACGCGCCUCUGAUGACCUUACUCGCCCUAAAAAACGCGUUAAAUCGUCCACCGCCCGCGGCACUUCGCAACUACGCGAGUCGCGGCCUGAAGACGCUAUCGUCGCGCCUACCGAGGGCAGCGAGAGGGUAAUAGCAGCCUCGUCGGCAGCAGCCCUAGACAAUAAGACCUUGCAAGAGGCUCUAGACGCGAGCCUUAUAGACGACUUUAAGGGAAUUAAUUAG